CUGACAUGUAGAUGAAGCCGAGGGUGCGAGGCCUCUCGCCUACUCUGCACGUAUCCACCUUGCCUUCUCUACUACCAGGAUACAUGCCGACGCUGCAGCGCAUGCUGAAAGGCACCCCUAUUGAUCGUGGGGAAGUUAGCUCAGUUCUCUCUCUUUCAUAACGUCGGCGAACCUCGAGACGUCGCGAUACACCGCCGUCCAUAUCGCACACGUAUUUUUCUAUCGCUUCGUUUCCGACGCUGCAUAUUCAACACGUAAUUUUGAUACAUUGACCGAAUCACAAUGGCUCGCACACCUUGGACUGCAACCGGAUUCCUACAGCGGUCCCAUCACCAUCAUCAACACCGUGCCCCAAUAGCACUCGCAAGAGUUAUCUUACCCCUGUGGUGUAUUCUGGGGACAGUCCUGAGUGGACCGGCGCCCCAAGCAACCCAAGAACUGGACAGCUACUUUACGACAUCCCGACCCGUUAGAAUAAUCGUUGACAUGGCUACCCAGAGGCCUAGGAUACCCUUGAUUCUCAAUACGGAGCUUAAAACGACAACGACGACAUCGACAACGAGCACGAUGUCUUCUCCAUCAUCUUCUGCAGAGCAGCCUUUAUAUCGCGUCAACGGAAGUAACGGACAGGCUUGCAUUCUUCUCCAAGUCGACGCUCUGAUCACCGUCAAAUACAAGACGAAAGUCGGCGAAGAACGGGAAGCUGAUAUUUAUGUACCAAACGACGCAACGGUUACGGGUAAUUGUGCCAACGACAACUCAGCCACGUUGUCAUUGAAGUGGAAGGUCUUCGUUCUCUUCUGGAGUUUCGCCAGGUCACCCGGGGGCGAGGGAUGGUACGUCGACAAAAUUGAAUUGACAUACAAUUCUAGCGACCGCCAUUUCGAGAUGAUCGAUCAGCCAAAUAAAACUGUACGAUUAAGCACCGGAAGAAAACACAGUACCAUGUUUUUCCCAACUCCGGUUGGAAAAUCGUAUGCUUGCAAUGAGAAGGAAAUUCCUCUGACAGAUGGAAAAACUCAUGCAACUGUACUCCUCAGGGAAAUGAAGCUUCAGCCCUUCAAGUUCAAAAGCAACACCUUCGCCACGGAAUUUUGGUGCAAACCCGAGCGCGCUACACGCGACGAAACCGCUCCAGUUGCGGUCGGUUCAACCCUGGCGGCUGCCGUUCUUUUGACGAUAACCGGCUACGCGGCUUACCGAUACUUCAAGGUGAAGAAGGUCCAGUACGACACGAUGGAGUAAAAUUGCAAUGCUCUCUGUAACUUACGUAACGCUAAAGAAGAAGAUUUGGCCGCCGAAACGGUCGAUUAAUUCGUUUUUAAAUGGCACAUUAUAUAUACACGUAAAAUAUGAUCGCUAUAUGAUAACGACGGAUUUUGCCA